AUGGAUCCGGAGGAGCUGCGCACGCCUGCCAUGGUCGGCAGAGGGCGCGGGGGUUUGGUGUCCCCUCUCCCGUUUCCUUUGAGUGGUGUGGGUAGUAGUGUUGCCCGAGGCAGAGCUACGCCUCGUAAUAUGAACAAUGUGUGUUUUGGUCUGCCUAAGUGCAGUACGGGACAUGUGGUUGAUGAUGAAACUGUGGGGGGUAUGAACCAGAUGAGCGACAUGAUGCAACAGAUGGGUCACAUGUUAGCUGAUAAUAUUGUGUCUAGGUUGAAUUCAUCCAGCUCUUCCGGCGAGUCUCCCAGGGCUCCUGAUUCGUCUCCACAAGCCAAUGGUUCCAUGAACAGUCGUAGUUUGAACCUUUCAAAUGUCACAUUUAUCGAAAAGGGUGCCAAAGAGCCCCCGGUGUUUAGAGGGGAUGGUUCAGAUGUGUUGGCCGUCGAUGAAUGGGAGGACUUGAUGAAGGUUUAUCUCCGCAAAAGUAAUGUUCCCGUCGAGUGUAGUACGGAGGAAGUCCUUGUCUAUUUAAAGGGCAAGGCUAGAAAUGUCGUGAAAUUAGGACUUAAAAAUGGAGGUCUGGAUUCCACACAAGGGCCCGAAGCUAUUUACGGUCUUUUGCGUAAACAUUUUGGCGCCGGCCUGUACUCCUCGGUCCCCCUCGCUGAUUUCUACUCCAUCCGUCCCACAGCUAACGAGGGUCCAUAUGAUUUUUGGUUGCGGUUAAACAAUGCUGCGGACACCGCCGCUAGCUGCCUUGCAGGGCUUGGGAAAUCCUCCGAUAUUCCUGGGGGGGACGUCACCCGCUUAUUCAUAAGACACUGUCCGAACAAAGAACUUUCUUACACAUUCCGGUCUAAGACUAUCGAUAAGUGGUCGGCUCGCGAUGUCCAGGAGGUGCUGGACGAGUACCAUUUAGAACAUAGCUCCAAGGGAAUCGGUGUAAUGAACACAGUUACUGUGAAUAAAAGUGAUGUUGCCGCUGAGGUGCCCCCCGCUGCCAACGUAACCGACCAUUCUAUGUUUGAGAAACUCGCCGCCAUGUUAGAAAAGGUUUUGUCACAAACUCAAGAUGGCGCCCAGGUUGCUCGGAGACCGCGUCGAGACACACGGUAUCCCAAGAUGGACGGUUUGAACAGCAUGCCGUGUGCGGUCUGCAAGGAUGUGUCUCACACCGCGUACACGCAUUGUAUGAAGCAUAAACUGUGUUUUCGAUGCCACGCGCAGGGCCACUCCAGCCGCGAAUGUCCCCGGGCCGUUAACACUUCUCCCUCCGGGCCUCAGGGAAACUAG